UCUGGCAGGCUGAGGAGGGAAUGUGAAAGUGAGAAAUUUAACAAGGUAACCGGGAAAUCGGACAACCAGGCAUCCAGUCCGAUGGAGCUUUAGCAGCUAUAUCCUUGUUUGACGGACAGGAAGAAGUUUGUCAAGCUGAGGUUUGUUGAGAGUUUUGACAAAGACAAACUGUUACAGAAUCCUUUCUUUGUGGUGGCGUUUUACAGCUCGUCAUUGGACACUACAAUGAGAGAAGAGGUGUCCUGCACCAAUUCCCCUGAAGGAGGGCUGGGGGCCAGCGAAGAGGAGCUUGAGAGAGGAUCCAAAAAGAUUGUUCAACCAGGAAAUCGAAAACGUUCUCCUUAUCCUAAAAAGGACAGCCUUAGUCAGGCAGAGGAGAGCAGCACCGGCAGUCCCAGCAGCCUGCUGCCGACUGGACCAAAGAGGCUCAAGAAAAGCCCCUCAACAGUCGUAACUUUGGCUCCCACAUCUUUGGGCCCCAGGCCGGAGCCGCCCUUCGAGGAACUUCACUCUCAGCGAGUCAUUGCCAAUGUGCGAGAGCGUCAACGCACCCAGUCCCUGAACGAUGCCUUUGCCUCUCUACGCAAAAUCAUACCCACACUACCCUCAGACAAGCUGAGCAAGAUCCAGAUCCUGAAGCUGGCCUCGCGGUACAUCGACUUCCUUUACCAGGUGCUGCAGAGUGAUGAGAUGGAUGCCAAGCUGGCCAGCUGCAACUACCUGGCCCACGAAAGACUCAGCUAUGCCUUCUCAGUCUGGAGGAUGGAAGGGGCCUGGGCCAUGUCCACCAGCCACUAGGACCCCACAGAACGUCUCUCAUACACCCUCUCGUGUCCAUAUCUCGACCCCCCUCCUAACCUCUGUCUGUGUUUGCAUCUAUAUCCUGACCUCUGACCCUGUGAAUUCUUCUUUUAUGGUCUGCUCUGAACUUUUCCAUCUAAAAUCUGUGCAUACAUUUCUAAUACUACAUGAUUCCUGUGCUGCACAAUCCCCCCCCCACACACACACAUUUUUUUUUUCCUUUACAGCUUUUACAGCUGAAUAUAUGUCUCUGCAGCUUUCCAUUUCUGCUCCCCUCCAUUAUUUCCACUUCACUCCCUUGUCUGUCAAACAGUUCUGACCAGUGCAGCAAGUCUCUCCACUGAAGCCCUUCAGAAAAAUCGACAAAUGGGAAAUUCUCCAAACUCGAAGAAAGUUGCUCCCGCCUCACCAGAUUUUUUCCCCCCAUAUUUUUCUUUUUUCUCUGGACAUGUGUUUGACUCGUGACAAUAUAAUGCAGCCACAUAGCUUUCACUGAAAGUCAGUGUGAAGAUGUGACAGUCCAGUGAACUGCUGAACAUUCUGAAUGAUAAAAAACAAAACAAAAAGAAACAGCUGGCCUGCGGUGACAAUGAAACAAAAUGGCUGCUGGUUCGAGUGCCUUCAGUAAUACCGUGAUAACUAUCAUCCACCCAGCUCUUCUCGGUGGAUGACUCACUGCCUAACAGACAUUAAGAUGACUAACGAUAAUGGCACAGUGAUGGUUAGAAGGCAGUCACAGCCAAUGAAUGUUUACAGCUAAAAUGCUAAUAAGCUAAUCGCUCUGGCUCUCAAGGAGGGAGGAGGAAGAGCUCCAGGAAUCUGACGCAGAUUUUCUACUUUGUUGUGCUGCAGUAACUGGAUAGCUUUCUAAGUUCUUUGUUUUAUAAAUACAUCUGUUUGUGAAUUUUGUAUAUGCACACUGUCUUAAACCCUGUUUUUGCUUUACUCUGCUUUAAUAAGAAACCACUGAUCACAAUUCAGCCACUUGUUUCUUUUUAUGUCAGCUUGGCUGAUAGUGAGAACUACAGAGAGCUCUCCUCUGAAGGGCGGCUUUAAAACAUAUCCUCAAACUGAUUUUAACUGAAUAAUUGAAAAAUAAUGCAGUGGAAAGUUUCUUAGAAAAUGUGCCAAAGUGUUGAUGAAAUGAUUACACACAGUAGAUUCAUUUGGAAGUGUGUAAGUAAUUUCUCUUUGAUCAUGCUGUUUUUAUAAUGUUGUUCAUUUUGCUUUUAAUCAUGUGUCCUGUUUCAUCUCCUGUGGACAAUAAAUUUUUUUUCUAAAUACUGUA